GAUCCUGUUACAAAAGAGAUCUCAUAUCACCAGAAAGAUCACCUAUCAAGCUGUCCAAAGAAAGAGCACGCCAGCAUUGGCAGCCUGCCACUGAGAAGGAAAUCUCUGCACUGAGAGCCGUGAAUGGAGCUCUAGGCGAAGCACAGUGCUUCUCCAGUGCAUCAGGCAUAGCUGAGUGGUGCAUGCUAAUUUUGUCAGACAAGGGAGAACCUUUGGAUCUUUUGAGGUCAGUCUUUAGGAAUGCCCGAUAUCAACUAGCUGAUGAGAAAGAGGAGAUGCAGCUUGUGCGAGACAUUCUCGCCCGCAUGGAAGCUCAGGGAACUCCCAUGCCUCCAGCUCUGUGGAGCUCAGGCCACCUUGGUGCGAUGAGUGAUGGCAGCAAGCGCUUGCGAGACCAGGAUGAUUUUCCAUCUUCCGAAGAUGAGCUGCUGGGCGAAAAGUGCACUGGUCGAACCAGUGAGGACUUUGAGCUGAUCCGAGAUGCUCCCAAGUCAAGUGUGGAGUCAGUGGAGAAGUGGGGUGCAACAAUUUGCGCCUUGCCAGAGGUGAAGGAGGAAGCUCCAACAUACCAUGAGAUCGGCACCCUUAGCAAGUUCAAAGAAUACCGCAACUAG